ACUCUUUAAGAGCUCAUGCAAAUCAUAAAUUAAACUCCAAUUUUAUUUCCUCAUCCAUUCCUCCUCUCCUCCUUGUAGCUAUGGCAAGGCCUCUUGCUCCAAGCUUCUCCAUGGCCUCUCACCACUUGUUUCAACACCAAUCACAUUUUCUCUUCGCCCUCAUUGUAUUUUUCUCCAUGUUUUCUCUCGUAAUAUUUCUCUGCGCUUCCCGCAAGAGUAAAAAAUCACACAAGAAAAAGGAGGAAGCGAUCACAAACUCCGAGUCGAAAGAUGCAAAGUUCAUUGCCAAGUUAAACAGCAAGAUCAGUAGCAAAGCUCUGGCGAUGGCGAAGAUGGUUUCUUGGAGGAAGAUGGAGGCAGGAGAAGAAGAUCAAAAAGAUGAUGAUGAUGAUGAUCAUAGUGAUGAAGCAGUUUGGAGGAAAAGCAUAAUUAUGGGAGAACGUUGUGCUCCACUGAAUUUUUCAGGGAAAAUUGAUUAUGAUUCUGAUGGAAACCUGCAGCCCGAAUCGCCUGACCGAAAUCACUAAUCUUGUUUCUCCCUUGUUUUGCAGAUGGCUACUUCUCUCUUGGAAAUACUCAGCUACUGAGGUUUUUUAAUCGCACAAAUAUUUUUGCUUCUUUGUGUCAUGUUAGAAUGAAUUUCGGUAUUUAUA